AUGAGUGCGCCGCGUGUCAAUACGAAAACUUCUGCUGGGAAGAAAAAUCAGGGAGAAAGCAGCUCUACCAAAAAUGAUGACAACCGAGAGGCAUUUGUCUCCCGAAUGCUUUCCUUCUGGCCGAAGGUUACACAAGAGAUUGGUGUGAGCAGUAUUUUGGGCGCUGCCGUGGGCGUCACGUCUAGACGUCUCACCUCCGAUGCGUUAUAUGGUACCGGCCUCGCUUUCAUUGUGCUACAGUUUCUUAACUUCUUUGGUUAUAUUCAAAUAAACUGGAAGAAGGUGGAGAUCGAUGCUGGAAAAGUUUUGGAUCAGAACGGUGACAACAAAUUGAACCAAUUGGACCUUAAAGCCCUCAUGCAGCGUUUUAUCCUCUACGUCGGGCAGGGAGUCGGUGACAUCGGGGGGUUCGUGACAGGUUUCUACUUUGGUGCUCGGUACUUGGCCUAA